GCUACUUCAUAGGAACCAUUCUGGAAUGCAUAAGAUCAAGCAACUGGCCAGACGAACUAUCUACUGGUUCGGGUUGAACCGAGAUAUUGAGGAUUUUGUGAGAUCAUGUCGGGUUUGCCUAGAAACUUCUUCUGUUGCUAAACGUCCACCGUAUGCGCCUUGGACCCCAACGAGCAAACAUUUCAGUCGUAUUCACGCUGAUUUUUUCUUUUUUGAGAGGAAGGUUUUCCUAGUAGUAGUGGACAGUUACACAAAGUGGGUGGAAAUUGAACAAAUGAACACUGGCACAGAUACCAAAAAAGUUAUCAGGGUUUUCCUCAAUAUAUUUUCUAGGUUCGGGUUGCCAGAUGUGCUAGUUACAGAUGGUGGCCCUCCAUUCAACUCAGAACAUUUUCAAACCUUUUUCAAGAAACAAGGAGUAAUCGUUAUGAAGAGUCCUGCAUACCAUCCGGAAAGCAACGGCCAGGCGGAACGAAUGAUUAACCUCAGCGGGCGGAUCGUUUCGGCACACAGACGGCAAAUCAAGAUCCCUAAGGACUCUCGCCGAAGACGAUCGCAACGCUUUGUUUUUAGUGGAGAGAGUCCCAGCAUCUCAGCACAACUUUGCAAUAGCAACAACAGCAGUUUUGAAGAAGGAACCUAUGGCGGUUCCGAAAGUCACAGCAAGAAGAGGAAGAGAAGUGAAGAAGAUGAUACAGAUUCGGACUUUUACGGCUUCGCGGCCGAUUCCCUUUUGUUCGAAGAGGAUCAGGAUCCUCUAUGGAAUCCUUUGCCUUCUCGAGAUGGAGAGGGGCUUGUAUACACUUAAACCGUUGGUACCUCAGCUAGCCAGGCCAGCGAGAGCGCGCUUGUUCCGGAAGGGAAUGUGAAUUGUAGACGUAGUAAGAGAAAAACGCAGAAAAGGAGGAAAGUAGAUUAUAAGUAUUAUUAGUUUAAGCAAACUAUCGAACUAUAGAAUGGUCGACAUUUGAACUGCAUUUUCUUUAGUUUAAUUCAGUGUGGAUUUUCCAAUAUGCAAACAUGAAUGAAGAAGUUUGCUUUCUGAUUUUAAUUAUUUUAGUAAUCUUCAAGUUUUGAUAUAGAUGCUCAGCAUUUUCAGAAAUAGAUAAGCUUUUACUUAAGCGGGAAGGAGUUGUAAUGACUAAGCGAAAGAUUUCUGUUCGGUAAAUUGGAAGAAUCCAUCCAGUAGGGUUCUCAGAAUAUUGUUGUAUCGAGAGAGUAUUGAGUGGAGCAGGGCUCUUGUGCUUGAGCGCUGAUGAUAAUAAAAUGAGAAUUAGUUUGACUGACCACGAA